UCCGUGUGGUGUGUGUUCGUGUGCUUCCCUUCGCUUUUAUCAAACAUUCCUUUGUCAUUUGCAUAUAUCCUGGGCACUGCCUGAUACCGUCGCCAAGGUCAAGGCGUUGCCUGUUAAAAUGAGCAGCAAAGUGACCUUUGCCUUUGAUAAUAACCCCUUGGGCGUCUAUCAUGCUGGCCAAGUUAUAUCCGGAACUGCGGAGCUCACAACGGACCGUCCAAAAACCAUUCGCUCAAUAUUUAUAACAAUAAAUGGCUAUGGGGAGACGCGCUGGCAGGAGAGUGUGGAGAAGCCCGGCGCUGAUGACGGCAAGCCAACAAAAUCAAUCGAGACGCACACCAGCACCGAGAUCUACUAUAGCAGCGAUAAGUAUGUGUACGGGCAGAGUGGCGGCUCGCAGCUGGAGCUGCCCAAGGGCAAGUUCGUGUUUCCCUUUCAGGCCACAAUACCGCCCAAUGCGCCAACCUCCUUCAAUGGCAGCCACGGACAGAUCAAGCAUGAGGUGACCCUCACCAUUGAUCGUUCCGUGCGGUAUAAUAAUAUUUUUAAGCAGUGUUUCACGGUCAUACUGCCGCAUGAUUUGAACACCAAGCGUGAGAAUGCGCAACCUUUGAAACGCAUUGAGGAGAAAUCCUUUUGGUGGGGCUCCAUUUUCGGUGCACACAAACCCAUGGUCAUGGAUGUGUGCACCUCGUACAGCGGCUAUGUGCCCGGCCAGAAGAUACACUUCCAUUUGGUGCUCGACAAUCAGUCGGAUGUGCAGUGCCAGGACGUGAAGGUGCGCCUCUUCAAGAAUGUCACAUAUCGCGCCAAUUCCACGGCCCAGGAGCAACUGAAGACCACCGAAACACGCAUUGCGGACAAACACUGUGGCGAGGUGGUGAAGCACAACAAGGCGCAGUUCCAUGAGUUUCUGGUGGUGCCAGCCACCACACCCUCGACGCUGGGCGAGCGGGAUCCCAUACGUGUCAGCUAUACGCUGCGUUUCAUAGCCAAAACAUUUCGCUUGCAUGGCGGCGGGGAUUUAAUUGUGGAUUUUCCACUCACCAUUGGCACUGUGCCGCUGCUGGGCAGUGCCGAGGAUAAGGGACCAGGGCAAACAGCGUCCACCAAUGGCAGCGUCAAUAGUUAUCCAGGUGCUCCGAUCUUCCAGGAGGAUGUGAGCGACGAGCAGUUCGAGUCCAACACGUUUAAGCCACGUUAUCCGUUCUACACGUUCGGCCAACCGGGCGCCAAUGGAGCUGCCAAUGGAGUUCCGGCAGCCACGCAGCCCAGUCUGUAUCCAAAGGCUGAGGACACGCCGCCCCAUCCCAAGUCCACACCAGCACCUGGACCACAUAAGAUACCGCCCUAUCCAACCAAUCCACCAGCUUCCGUGCCCGCGGCUGCUCCUGUGACGAAUCUACCGCCCUAUCCGACCAACUCCCCGGCGCCCGCUGCUGCUCCUGUGGGCAAUUUUGAAGUUCUCGGCUUUAGCAUACCGCCCGACUAUCAGCCCACGCCCAGUGCACCAGGUGCUGCUGCGCCCUCCGCUGGCAUUGGCUGGAAGUAGCAGCAGCAGCUUUAUUUUUACACAUUUUGUAUUAUACUUUUUAAGCCAUUUUUCAAAUAAAACUCAAAGCGCGUGUACAGUGGCAGCGCUGUGACACUGCGCCUGUCU